AUGGCCUCAUCAUCUCCAACUCCUUCAUUAGAUUCAUUACCAGGUGCCACAACAAACUCAUCAUUUGGCGAACCAGCGACAGAUUAUCUCAGUGAUUCUCCGCUCACAACGGGCUCGGGAACUUCACCACCUGAUUCGGGAAUUUGCGAUGAUUUUUUAUUGACAAGCAACAGUAAUAGCAGUAUCGACUCAUCACAUCCGAUUUCAAGUGACGCAACUUCAUUGGCGGCAGCCAUCGCACAAUCAGCAACAUUAGCUGAAUCUUUCUACGCACCACGUUGUACAGGCUGUAAAAAUAAGAAAUCUGAUGCCGUUGCAAAGUGCAUUGAUUGUGUAAACUAUUUAUGCGCAAAUUGUGUCACAGCUCAUCAGUAUAUGCAUUGUUUUAAUGGUCAUAGUGUUUUUCGUAUUAAUCACUUAACGCCACCGACGACAGUAUCAACAAACGAAUUGUUUUCACAUAAAAUGAACACAUUUGAUCGUCUAAUUCCAUCAGGAAAAGACGAUUCAAGCCACAUGAUUAAAUCAAUGAUGAAUUCAAUAAUUGCACCACCUCCAUUGAAUAUUGGUAAACACGAGACUUCCAAUAAUUCCGCUCCAUCUCCACCUUUAACAAAUUUGGCAUUAUCAAAUGCAGACAGCAUUUUGCAGAGUGCUGGUUUGAAUAAAUCAAAUCGUUAUUAUUGCAACAAACAUACAAAUGAAUUAUUAAAAUUCUACUGUCGCACAUGCUCGAUGUCGAUUUGUAAGGAUUGUAUGGUAAUUGAUCAUCAGACAGGUCUUCACGAUUGCGAACACAACCCUGAUCAGACACCAAAAAUGGUCGAAUCAUUGUUGCAACUCAUAAAUGAUCUUCGCAUUAAAGCUCAAGAUAUGAAACAAAUGUUCAAGAGCAAUGAACAUAAUUCAACUCGUAUCCAAAUACAGUACCACAAAGCGCAAAAUGAAAUAAACGAAACAUACCAGUUUUAUCGUUCGAUGUUGGAUGAACGAAAACAGGAAUUGCUCAAGGAAUUGGACAGUUUCUAUAAUGCCAAAACAAUGUCACAAUCAGUAUUAUUGACCAAAUCACAAGAGCAGAUUGAGAAAGUUCUUACAUCAUGCGAUUGUGUUGAGAAAUUUGCACGUAGUGUUGGACCAAAUGAAUUAAGUACAUUACGACGUAUAAUGGAGACAAAAUUACAGACGUUUAUGUCGAGCAUUAAUGACUUACAGUCAAUUUACGAAUUAGAUUUUGUAUCAAAUUAUCAGGCGAUACAAGUUGGAGUACGAAAUACAUUCGGCUAUAUUAGAUCGAAUAGUGAGUCGGUGACAGGAAAACAACCACCGAUUGCAAGACCAACAAGUACACUAACCAAUGGAAGCAGCCCACCAAGCUCGAAUGGUAGUAUGAAUGGCAUUAUGACACAAAAUAUGCUAAAUGGCUGUCACAAUGGUGGUAUGGGAAAUAUUGAAAGACCAUUCUCAAAUGGAGGUAGUUCAAGCAACUCAGCAAUCACUUCCUCAUCAUCUCCAAAUCAAAUGCAUUCGACAUUUGACACAGGUUCAAUUUUAAGCAAACGCUUUACAAGUAUUAAUAGUUUGGGACCAUUUAUUGGUAAUGAUUUGAUUAUGAAUCAACAGACAACACCGAAUAAUAUAAACCCGUAUGAGAAGUGGAGUAAUGGUAUGUCAGAUAAUAUAUUUGGAAAUAUGCCUGAUCAGUAUUCGUCGAUGGGCCCAAUGAAUGGCAAUAAUAUGAAUAAUAAUAAUAUUGGAAAUGGACCCAAUACACUUAUGACACUAAAUACUCUCUCAUCGGGAAAUUCCGAUUCAAUGUUAGAUCUUACUAAUAAGCUUAUCUCAACAACAAUCUUUCCACCAAAGUCUCAAAUUAAGCGUCAAAAAAUGAUUUAUCAUUGCAAGUUUGGCGAGUUCGGUGUUAUGGAAGGUCAAUUUACGGAGCCAAGUGGCGUUGCAGUUAAUGCUCAAAAUGACAUUAUUGUUGCUGACACUAACAAUCAUCGUAUUCAAAUUUUCGAUAAGGAGGGACGAUUUAAAUUUCAGUUUGGAGAAUGUGGAAAACGAGAUGGUCAAUUAUUAUACCCUAAUCGUGUUGCUGUUGUUCGCACGUCAGGCGAUAUUAUUGUUACAGAAAGAUCACCAACACAUCAAAUUCAAAUAUAUAAUCAAUAUGGUCAAUUUGUGCGCAAAUUUGGUGCCAAUAUUUUACAGCAUCCUCGUGGUGUCACUGUUGAUAACAAGGGACGUAUUAUUGUUGUCGAAUGUAAAGUUAUGCGAGUCAUCAUUUUCGAUCAGAAUGGAAAUGUUUUACAGAAAUUCGGAUGCAGUAAGCACCUCGAAUUUCCCAAUGGCGUUGUAGUUAAUGAUAAACAGGAAAUCUUUAUUAGUGACAAUCGUGCACAUUGUGUUAAGGUAUUCAAUUAUGAAGGAACAUUCUUGCGGCAAAUCGGAGGCGAAGGAAUAACAAACUAUCCAAUAGGCGUUGGAAUAAAUGCAAAUGGAGAGAUUCUCAUUGCAGACAAUCAUAAUAACUUUAAUUUAACAAUAUUUACACAAGAUGGACAGCUAGUAUCAGCGUUGGAGAGUAAAGUGAAACAUGCACAGUGCUUCGAUGUUGCAUUAAUGGAUGAUGGAAGUGUUGUUUUGGCCAGUAAGGAUUAUCGUUUAUACAUAUAUCGUUACGUUCAAGUUCCUCCAAUUGGAUUGUAA